AUGACCAGAGUUUGGUGUGUUGCUGAAGAGCAGGCCCAUACCACGGCAACAUGGCAAUUUGGUGUUUCGGUUUGGGAAAAAGCCACGCCCAGUCAGUCGGUGGCAAGGGGCAACGGUGGUGGCAGGCCCGCCGGCCUUCUCACGCAAGGGAGAGAACAUCGAAUGCCGCAUGCGAACCCUGAAGCAUACGCCAUUCUGAAAAGUGCCGAGCGGAACUUUGCGUGUGGGGAUGAAUGCCAGUCUGUCAGAGACGGAGAGAAAACUCAAAAGUUGGAAGAGUUCCGAGGCGAGACUGUUCCUGUCUCCUUGCGGUUGCACUCUUCAGGAGGUGCGCCUGUGAGAAAUGGCGUCGCUGGGCUCGUGGCUCUGGUGAAAUUAUCGGGGGGUCAUGAUGGAAUGGGCAUGGUCGCAAGGGUGAUAACAGAGACGAGAUAUCGAAAGGGAGAGGUAGACGAAAAGGGACGAUGCGAUGGAAAAAGGCGGCCGGAGAAGACGACGACGACGACAGGAUGCAGAGUGGCAGACAGGGUUUAUUGUUUGCUGGGGAGUGGAGGUGGGCGCGGUGGACCAGGGACACUAGACUGUCCGGGCCCCUCCACCCCAAAAUUUCCCUUCCAGAGCGACGUCGAGGUUGGUCAGCACCAUAGGCAUCAACAGCACCCCAAGGCACCCAAACCACCAAAAGCCUCACCCAAAAGCCUCAUCGCAGCACCUCAGCAGGCACCAUCCCCAUCCCCCAUCCACAUCCACAACCACGCGCGCCUUCCACGCACUGCACUGCAUUCCCGCCUCGCACCUGGCUGGCACUGCGCGCCUUUUUCUUUCUUCUCACGACUCGACGCUUAUUUCUUGCAACAGCAGCUUUUGCGACCAUUCGGCACCACACCCCAACGAUCCACGACGCGCCUACGCAUCACGCCUUGCAUCGAGAUUUUACGUGUUCACGCUGCUUUCUCGCACUCCAUCUUUCAUUACCGCAACCUGCAACAAGCUCCAAAUCAACGCGGCGAUUUCCAACCUGCACCUGGACGGGAUCGCGAUUUGCAUCCGGCCCCAUCGCCGUUACCCGCUUUCUCAAUUUCGGUACGUACUGGCUUCGUACAGUCCGCGUUUCUUUCAUUUCCCCGUUAUGCUCAUAUCCACCCCAAACCUUGCACCGUUUCUGCCAAUCCUAACUUGCCAUUGGGCGUUUCGGUCCGGCGCGUCCUCUAUCGCAUCUACCUGCACUUCACUUCACUAUCGAGAUCACCUCAUCCAAUAUGUUACUCCACCAACUGCCAUGAUUCAGUUUCUACCCCAGACUGCAUCAUCUCUGUUUGGGCACGGGAAGAAGUUCAGUCUGAUGAUGAAACUCUCAUCAAAUACAUCUUAAUUCAAAAUGGCGUCGAGUCUAACCACAUGACAUCGCUCUUUAGUAGCAACCCUACAGAAAUCUUGAUGUCUGCCUCUUCUGGGUUCGGCUCAGCUGAGGAUGCAGUUCUGAUGAUGCCCGUGUUGAGCGAGCUUGAUAUUCAGUCUAACAAGAGACUGAUUCUCGAAACGGGCAGCACCCGUCUGAUUCGUGACACCGCUGUCAACCAACUUGCCGACUGGCAGAAGCAGCAUCCCGAUGAACUUUUCAACCUUCUUUCCAGAGUAGUACCUUACCUUCGGCACAAGGACUGGGAGACACGCUCCACAGCAGCCAAAGCUAUAGGCAAAAUCACCGAGAAUGCACCCCUGUACGACCCUAACGAGGAUGAGGACUUUGCGCCAGUCAAGAAGGAUGAGCCGGAAGAGAAUGGUCACGUAAAAAAGGAGGAGGAAAAGGAUGCUACCUCUUUCUCUUCCAGCGAGCUCCUCAAAUUGGGGUCGCUCAAUGUAGAGCACAUUAUCAAAUUUGGUCGCCAACUUCUGAGAGGCGGCAAUAUCGAGUAUGCUCUGGCAUCAUUGGAUCCCCCAGCACGGCUGGCACACCAAAAGAAGACUCUCAAUGGACGACUUGGCCUGUUGGGCAGGGUUUUCGAGGACGCCGAGAUGCCCGUCCUUGUUGAAAAGGAACCCAGCCCUCUUACUCCGCAAGAGUCAGCAAAUGGCCACAACGGCACCAAGGAGAGUACCACCUCCCACGGUCAAAGCCAGCCGGCAGAGGAAGCUGGCUUGAGCUCUCGGCAACUCAACGUCCUCAAGAGGAAGCGCAAGAGAGAGUUGCAAAAGGCUGCCCAGGGGAAAGGGGGAUUUGGAGAUUUGACCAUGAGAAGGACAACCACAGCAGGGUCCGAAGGCUUCGACGAAACACCAGCAGCAGAUGCCGACGCGAAGCAGAAGAACGGCAAGGUUAACGACUACUUCAACUUGGACAGACCGGCGGACGUCGACGAGGAAUCAAAGGUUGUCAGCGAAUUCAAGGGACAAGUAAUACCGAUCAAGUCUGAAAUCGAGGUUGAUGAGACCAUGGAGGGUGCUGAGUGGCCCUACGACAGAUUAUGCGAUUUCCUCAAGGUCGAUCUUUUUGACCCUUCCUGGGAGACUCGCCAUGGAGCUGCGAUGGGUAUUCGGGAGGUGAUUCGUGUCCACGGAGGUGGGGCUGGCAGGGUUCGUUCAAAGUCACGGGCUGAAAAUGAUCGCUUGAACCAGGCUUGGUUGGAUGAUCUGGCCUGCCGGCUCUGCUGCGUCCUAAUGCUGGAUAGAUUUACCGACUACAGUUCUGAUACCUCGGUCGCGCCGAUUCGCGAAACUAUCGGUCAAUCUCUCGGAUCGGUCCUUCGCCAUAUCCCGGCAGAAUCUGUUCACGGCAUCUACAAGAUUCUCUAUCAAAUGGUCAUGCAGGAUGAUCUCCAGCUCGACAUGCUUCAGUGGUCUGUCUGCCACGGUGGAAUGGUUGGACUGAGAUACGUCGUUGCGGUUAGGAAGGACCUGCUGUUGGAGGACAGUAAGAUGAUCGAUGGCGUUGUUCGGCUGGUCAUGAAGGGCCUGGAGGAGCAUGACGACGACGUCAGAGCAGUGAGCGCUGCGACUUUGCUCCCCAUGACCAAGGAGUUCGUCACAUUACGACCUGGGUCUAUCGAUAGCCUCAUCAACAUCAUGUGGGGCAGUUUGGCCGACCUUGGUGACGAUCUCAGUGCUAGCACUGGUAAGAUCAUGGAUUUACUUGCGACACUCUGCAGCUAUCCCGAGGUCCUGCAGGCCAUGGAGACGUCCGCCGCACAAGACGAGGAGCGUUCUUUUACCUUGCUGGUGCCGCGCUUGUACCCCUUCCUUCGACACACCAUCACUUCCGUCCGCUUAGCUGUGCUGAAGGCGUUGAUGACAUUCGCAAAUUUGGGAGCUGAGAACUCUCGAGGCUGGCUCAAUGGAAGAAUUUUACGACUCAUCUUCCAGAACGUCUUGGUUGAAAGGGACAGAGAAACACUGGCAAUGUCUUUGGACGUUUGGACAGCUUUGGUUCGCUCACUUGCACAGACGCCCGAGAUUCUUGCCGACGAGUUCGCCGCUCACGUCGAGCCUCUGAUGAGACUCACGCUGCAUCCCAUUGGUGUGUCCCGGCAUCCCUUGCCCAUGCCCGCCCAUCUAUUCCAAAAGCCAUCAGGCGGCACGUAUGCACCUGUCGCCGUCACACCCGCCCGCAAGGCCUCAUCCCCCGACGGGCCCGAGAGAGCAAACAAGCGUCGUCGCAAAUCUGCUAAGACGGAUGACGUUCCAGUCACUUCUCAUACUCAUGACGUCGACGGGCACAUGAUCCAGGGAGAUGUGGACCUUGUUGGCAUGGAUACUCUGAUUCGAUCGAGAGUAUCAGCUGCCAAAGCCAUGGGCCUGAUUAUGUCCUUUAUUCCGGUUGCCAGCCUAGCCGAGUACGACCAGCUACUUCUCGCCGGUAUCUCAGACCGGGCUUCGUCCACACAGCUUUCAGCAUGCAUGAUCAUUGACGAGUACGCUACCAACGGCCCUGCAGAAGGAGCACAAAGAUACGCGGCGCCUCUUCAGAAGAUUAUUGAGACUGAACGUCCUGCUCACUACGGCGACCUAGUCAGCUUCAUGCACCGGGUCCGAUCUCAGUGUCAACAGCUUCUCAACAUGUUCCGCGACCACGGCAAAGUGUCUAGUGGUCGGCUCCCAACACUGGCUGUCCUGGUUCAGGGUGACGAGCAAGCAGGUCCAGGUGCCUUCUCCAUUGCCGUUGCAGACAAGGUUGUCGGAGAGGAUUUCGACAAGCUUAAGAAGGCCAUGUCUCCAGGACAACGUCUAGUUGCCAGCCAGAUGCUGAGCGAGGCCAGAGAAGUUGCCGUGUCUGCGAUUACCGACGCGAAGGCCGCCAAGGACUCACGAGACGUCCGUAUCAAAGCAGGCGCAGCAUGCGCAUUGGUUGCGAUCAAGGCCCUGCCCAAGAAGCCCAGCCCACUGAUCAAGGGCAUCAUGGACAGCAUCAAGACAGAAGACAACCAAGUGCUUCAGAGCCGGUCAUCAGCGACCAUUGCAAGACUUGUGCAAGUGUUCAACGAGAUGGGUCGUCGCGGACCGGCCGACAAGGUUGUUUCCAACCUGAUCAAAUUCUCUUGCGUGGAAGUUGCCGAAACUCCAGAGUUCACUGUCCAUGCAAGCAAGACAGAUUGCGUGCUUUCAAUGCAGAAAGAAGAAGAUCGAGUCGAUCAUGCAGACGCUGCCAAGUGGGCAAAAGAAGUCAAGGCUGCUCGCAUCACCCGUCGUGGCGCCAAAGAGGCGCUGGAAAUCCUCUCCAAGACCUACGGCGCCGAGCUGCUCACGGCCGUGCCUACCAUUAGGGUGUUCAUGGAGGAUCCUCUUGUCAAGGCAUUCUCUGGCGCAUUGCCGGCUGAGGCCAAGGACCCCGAGAAUACCUUUGGCCAAGAGAUCGUCGAUGCUUUGUCCCUGAUUCGAACGCUCAUGCCCACUCUUGACAAGGCCAUACAUCCAUUUAUCAUGGAAAAGGUUCCUUUAGUCAUUAAAGCCCUGCAUUCUGAGCUUUCUGUCUUCCGCUACAUGGCAGCGAAAUGUAUGGCUACUAUCUGUAGCGUCAUCACAGUCGAGGGUAUGACAGCCCUUGUGGAGAACGUCUUGCCAUCCAUCAGCAAUCCUAUCGACCUCAACUUCCGUCAAGGUGCGAUCGAAGCCAUUUACCACUUGAUUGCCGUGAUGGGCGAUGCUAUCCUUCCUUACGUUAUCUUCCUCAUUGUUCCCGUUCUGGGCCGCAUGAGCGACUCAGAUAACGAAAUUCGUCUGAUUGCGACAACGUCUUUUGCAACCCUCGUCAAACUCGUGCCCCUGGAGGCAGGCAUCCCAGACCCUCCUGGACUGUCUGAAGAGCUGCUCAAGGGCAGAGACCGCGAACGAACAUUCAUUUCCCAACUGCUGGACCCCAAGAAAGUGGAAUCGUUCCCGAUUCCCGUCGCUAUCAAGGCAGAACUUCGUUCAUACCAACAAGAUGGUGUCAAUUGGCUUCACUUCCUCAACAAGUACCAUUUGCACGGCAUCCUUUGCGACGACAUGGGUCUUGGAAAGACCUUGCAAACCAUCUGCAUGGUUGCCAGCGACCAUCACCAGCGCGCCGAAGAGUACGCGAAGACAGGCGCACCCGAUGUUCGCCGUCUCCCAUCUCUGGUCGUCUGCCCUCCUACAUUGUCCGGUCACUGGCAGCAGGAGAUCAAGACUUACGCACCCUUCUUGAGCGUCACUGCCUACGUUGGCCCGCCAGCCGAGAGAAAGAGCAUGAAGGAUAACCUGGACAAGACUGAUAUCGUCGUUACCAGCUAUGAUGUCUGCCGAAACGACGCCGAUGUUCUUGCAAAGUACAACUGGAAUUACGUCAUCUUGGAUGAGGGACACUUGAUUAAGAACCCGAAGGCCAAGAUCACGAUUUCUGUCAAGAAAUUGGCCAGCAACCACCGACUGAUUCUGACCGGAACACCUAUCCAAAACAACGUAUUGGAGCUCUGGUCCUUGUUCGAUUUCUUGAUGCCUGGCUUCCUUGGUGCUGAGAAGGUCUUCUUGGAUCGGUUCGCCAAGCCCAUCGCCGCAAGUCGCUUCAGCAAGGCAUCUUCCAAGGAGCAAGAAGCGGGUGCUCUGGCUAUCGAGGCUCUCCACAAGCAAGUCCUGCCAUUCCUUCUGCGACGCCUCAAGGAGGAGGUUCUAGAUGACCUCCCGCCCAAGAUUUUGCAGAAUUACUACUGCGACUUGAGCGACCUUCAGAAGAAGCUGUUUGACGAUUUCACCAGAAAGCAAGGCAAGAAGCUGCAAGAAGAGGCCGGCCGUGAGGACAAGGACGCCAAGUCACACAUCUUCCAGGCCCUGCAGUACAUGCGAAAGCUCUGCAACUCUCCAGCCAUGGUCAUGAAGCCUGGACACGGCAUGUACGAAGAGACCCAGCGCAUCCUUAACAAGCAAGGCACCAGUCUCGAGGAUCCGGUUCAUGCACCCAAGUUGACCGCUUUGCGAGACCUACUUGUCGAUUGCGGCAUUGGUGUGGAAGAAGCCGAGUCGAAUGAUCCCCUGUAUCAGCCAAUCAAGCCUCAUCGCGCCCUCAUCUUCUGCCAAAUGAAGGAGAUGCUGGACAUGGUCCAGAAUACGGUGCUCAAGACCAUGCUGCCAGGCGUCACCCACCUUCGUCUAGAUGGUGGAGUCGAAGCCAACAAGCGUCAGGAUAUUGUCAACAAAUUCAACAGUGACCCAUCAUACGAUGUCUUGCUCCUGACCACCAGUGUCGGAGGUUUGGGACUCAAUCUGACGGGUGCCGACACAGUCAUUUUCGUUGAACAUGACUGGAACCCGCAAAAGGAUAUGCAGGCCAUGGACAGAGCUCAUCGUAUCGGUCAGAAGAAGGUCGUCAACGUAUACCGGCUGGUGACCAGAGGCACUUUGGAAGAGAAAAUUCUAAGCUUGCAACGCUUCAAGAUCGAUGUCGCUUCCACUGUGGUCAAUCAGCAGAACGCGGGCCUGGCUACGAUGGAUACAGAUCAAAUUCUUGAUCUCUUCAAUCUUGGGGACACAGGACCCAGUCUCAUAUCAGACAAGCCGCAAAACUCGAUGGAGGGUAGAGAGGAAGACAUGGUGGAUAUCGAAACGGGAGACGUCGUCACGGGCAAGCAACCCGGCAAGAAGGCUUGGCUUGAUGAUUUGGGCGACCUAUGGGAUAAUCGCCAGUAUGAGGAGAGUUUCGAUCUGGAUGGUUUCUUGAAGACCAUGCAUACUGCAAGAUCUCCCUCAUUUUUCCUGUCUCGCCCAGAAAAACAAGCCCCUGGGCCUAUGGCCAUGAAUGGGGGAUCGUCGGGCCUUGUACAAUUCCUCUCGGAUCUGCAUCUCGAGGCCAGCAAAGACUACUCGACCUUUGACUUUCCCGUCACGGCACCCUUUCUUUUACUUUCCGGCGAUGUCGGCAGCCUAUCUGAAUACGACAGCUAUCUCGGGUUCAUCCGGUGUCAGACGGAUCGGUACGAGGGUGUUUUCCUAGUUCUUGGCAAUCACGAGUUUCAUGGCCUCACGUACGGCGGGACACUCGCAGAGGCGGCAAGGCUUGAAGCAGAGCCGUCGUUGAGAGGGAGGUUGCAUGUGCUCCACCGCCGCGGGUUUGAUAUCCCCGGUUCCAACGUGAGCAUCCUGGGAUGCACCCUAUGGACGAUGGUCCCUGAGAAGGCGGGAGCCGCGGUCGUGGGAAGGGUCAAGGAUUUCCAGCACAUUGAGGGAUGGAGUCUUGAGGCACACUGCGCGGCUCACAAGGCGGACUUGUGUUGGUUGAAGAGAGAGGCGAGGGAAGCGGUGGCGCGUGGGAGAGAGGUUGUUGUUGCGACUCACCAUGCUCCUUCGCUGGAGGGGACGUCGGAGCCUAGGUUUGAGGGGAGCCCUUGGUCUUCGGCUUUCGCAACGGAUUUGUUGGAGGAAGUAGGGAAUUCUGUUCCGAUGAUCUGUUGGGUGUUUGGGCAUACCCACUUUUCGACAGAUACGGUUGUGAAGGGUGUCAGGGUUCAAGAGUUGAAGUGCCUUACGGCUGAUCUCAUAGCUGAGCUCAGCUACCGGGAUAACAAUACGGCGGCGGGCAAAAUCCAGAACAUUCCACUCAACAACAUCGCUUUCAAAGUCAACAACCGAUGCCCACAUCAGCUGGAGGCAAUCACGCAUAUGCAUCACAUUGCUGAAACAUUUCGCCAAGAUGCCUGUCGACUACAGCAAAUGGGUGUGUUUUACAUCACCCACUCUCUCACGUCCAUGCUCGUUGACGCGCUGGAGCUCAGCGACGACUCGGAUGUCGAGGUCCACCCCAACGUCGAUAAGCGCUCAUUCAUCCGCGCAAAGCAGAACCAAAUCCACCAGGAGCGACUGCAGCGCAAGCACCAAAUCGAGACGCUCAAGUACGAGCGCAUCAUCAACGAUGGCCUGAUGAAGCGCAUCUCCAACCUGUUGGACGCCCUCAAGUCCCAUGCCUCCGAGGCCGAGACCCGAAACCCCGGCGAGGUCGCCUUUCAAGCCGUCAUGGAAUCCGCCGGCAAGCCCGAAGACGACCAGCCGCCCCCGCGCCCCGAGGGAAUCCACGCCGACUCAGAGCCGCUGCCCAGCUUCUCCAAGAUGAUGGCCGUGCUGUUGGACCAAGUUAACAAGGAGCUGGACGAGAAGAAGCCCGAGAACCGUUACAAGGCCAUGCUCGAGGGUGUCGAGGGACACUUAACCAAGGUGCAGAAUCUUCAAAAGGAGCUAUUUGCCAAGCUAGCCGAGCUGGAGAAGGAAGAGGGACGCAAGAUCACGAGCGAGGGCAUUCACACGGGCUUUGACAGCUCGCACGUCAACAAGUCCAAGGAUACGGAUAAGAAGGAGGAGCAGCGCAAGCCGGAGCUUCUGAACCCCAACUUUGACAUGACACAGUCCCUUCCGGCCAAGUCGACCCAAUCGUACGACGACGAUGAGGAGAUUGAGGCAUCGCCCGCCGCUAAGAAGUUUGCGCAGAUCAAGGCCGACGACUACACAUCCAGCGCUCAGUACCUGUCCAAGAACCCGCAGAUCCUGACGGAGCGGGAGACGGACGGCCUCCUGGUCCUCGCCUUCGACGCCGCCCUCGAGAGCAAGGACGACUUUUGCCGGCAGUGCGUCCACCAGGCGCUGCUGCUGCAGUACUGCAGAGCGCUGGGCAAGGACGGCGUGGGCAUGUUCUUCAAGCGCAUCACGACAAAGGGCCACCAGGCGCAAGAGGUGUUCUUCAAGGACGUGCAGGAUACGUACGGCAAGAUCAGGAACCGGGCGCGGGAGAUUGUCAAGGAGCGCGCCAGCGAGCCCGAGGGCGUGGAGCAGAUUCAGCUGCACGCGGUGGAGCCCGGCACGGAGAUCAAGAUUACCAUUCCGCCCAAGGACAGCGAGGACCCCGCCGUGAAGGAGGGCCGGAACAUUUUUGAGACUUUCAGCGCCGACUUUCAGAAGGCUCUGGAGAGUGGAAGCCUGGAUGAGGUCAACAAGGUGUUGGGCAAGAUGAAGGUUGAAGAGGCCGAGGACAUCGUCGGCAAGCUUGGAGACGCCGGCAUCUUGAGUCUGGAGGAGCAGAUUAUCGACGCCACGACAGAGGAGGGACAAAAGGCUCUCAAGGACAUGGAGGCGGCGCAGGCCGGUUCCGAAUCCGGAUUCGCGCCGGACCCUGAAUAA